UAAGAAAAAAAUUAAAAAAUGAUUUUCAACUGAUGGUUUUUUGACGACUAUUACAGUUGUGAAGGGAGAUGUUUUAGGUCGUUUCACGCAAUCGCAGAUUCUGAAGAGUCCAAUUGUGUUUAUCUCUUGAAGAACUGGAGGGAUUGUGGAUGAGGAUGCGAGUAACCUCUGGAAGAUGUCGAAUGGUUCUAGCCAAUGCAAUGAGGGUUGCAGCUGAAUCAGUUGUGGUGACAACGAAUGCAGCAGCCACUGAGCUUCCUAAAGAUCUUGAAGGGACAAUUUGAACCACAACAGCCAGCCAUCAAGAUUCAAUCCUAUUAUCGUAUCAUCUCAAUAUGCCAGUAUGGUAUGGUAUUGGACUUUGUAUAAGUCAAUAAACUUCCUAAGUUUCUUUUUAUUAUACAGAUGUAGGCAUUGAACUUAUAUGUGAAAUUGGUCAUGGUUUUAAAAGAUUAGCAAGAGUGAGUAGUAGUGGGUCAAAGUGCAUGUGACUGUGUUUUUUUUUUUUAUAUAAGUUGUAUUUUUGUGAUAUUGCAGCCAGCAUACGGAUGUAUAAAUCUAUCUACCUAAUUUCAUAAUUCACAUACCAAGUAUUAUUAUUAACCUUUUCAUUUCAGAUGUUGACAACUUACUUACACUAUGAAGAAACACAAGAACGAAUAAGUUGGCAAGCCAGGAUCAGUAUUCUAAGUUCAACACACUGAAACUAGAAAGCGUAAAGAACUUAGUUCACCAAAUUUUGAAAUGUUGAACACACACACACACUGAUGAUUCUAAGAUCUUGCCGACAGCACAACGAGAGAAAGAGCCUCUACAUAUAAGGCUUGGCGUGUGUUCUGCCUCUUCUAUCAAAAGAGCCUUCUGAAGGUUAAUGGGUCUGGUGGCUACGAAGCAGGCCUUGCAGGAUAAUUAUCCUGAGUUUGUAUGUAGCAAAGCCGGUGAGUUUAUUAUGUGUUUUUGGAUGUUUUUUUUUGUUGGUUAUUGAUCUUCUAUGAUAUGCUUGGUUAUCGUAGAAUGUUGAAAAGUUUGAAGAAUCUUGAAACAUGAAGAUUAUUAGAGGUUAGAACUUUGAUUGACGGUUUUAGAAUUUAUUUGCUGUUUGAGUGGUAACUUGAAUCCUAAAUUGACAAAAAGAUACGGGCUUAUUGAUCUAUGUUUGUUGAAAAUAAAUUAUAGACAAUAUUCGAAUCUUGAAACAUUUAGAAGUCAGAGAAUUUAAAUCUUUCUUGGUGUAUAAAGUAAUUAGAAGGCAUUACUUUGAUCAAUGAUUUUAAAGACUUUUUUUUUUUUUUUUGUUUUUGAUUGAUAACAAGAAUUGGGCUUUUAGUCGGUUAUUGAUAUAUGGUAUGCUUGUUUAACAUACAGAAUAGAAAUAACUCAAAUCUUGAAGCAUAGAGAAUGCAAUGCUCUAGGUUUUUAAAAAGCGUGCCUCAGGGCCUUGAGGCAGGCAGCGGUUCAUGUACAUGUGGGUCAUGAUCAGUCAAAUUUAGGUACUGGAGGAGGGUGAUAUGUAGAAUUGACUAAAUGAAUGGUUUAAUUGUUGUAAAGGGUGAUAUGUAAAAGAGAUAAUAAGGGUAAUGCAACUUUUGGUUGUACAUAGAGCAACGCCUUGCGUACAUGAACCUUUCGCCUACAGUGGCGAAGCUUGAGAUUUCCGACCGGGGGGUCGAAAACGUAUAUACCUAAAAAUUCUAUACGAAAACUACAUACCGGACACUACUAAGCGAAAAAUUCGGGGGAUCUGUUCAUGACUCAAAGGACUAAGAGCAAGUUCCAUGGUGGUAUUUAGCUUUUUAUUCGAUGAUGAGUCAGUCCGUUCAUGACUCAAAGGACUAAGAGCAAGUUUGUGUUUGCCAGCCCAACAAAAACCGUUGAAACCCUUUUCAAAUAUGUGGGUCCAGAGCAUGUUCCGAUUCAGUACGGCGGGCUGAGUGUAGAUUAUUGUGAUUGCAAUCCAGAAUUUACGAUUGAUGAUCCAGCUGCGGUUGUUACUGUUAAACCGGCAACCAAACAACCUCUGGAGAUUAUCGUAAAUGAGAAAUGCACGAUCGUGUGGGAUCUAAGAGUAGUGGGGUGGGAAGUGAGCUACAAUGUGGAAUAUGUGUCGAAUGAUGAAACUAAUUACACCAUUAACAUACAAAAACCGAAAAAGAUGAUAGCAAUCGAUGAACCGGUUAUAAGCCAGAGUUUUAAGAUCAAGGAGCUUGGUAAAAUACUUCUCACCAUCGACAACCCGACUCCAAAGAAGAAAACACUACCAAUUCUAAGUUGAUGUGAAGUUAUAAUAGUUACUUUUGCGUAUUGUUUUAUGCUUAUUUUGCAUAUAAAUUAGCUACUGGAACAUAGAACAAAUUUGGCAUAUGUUUUGUUAAACAACUCAAUUAUUGGCAGUGGUAACUAAGUAUAGGCUCUUUAUGGAU